GGUUUUGUUCAGUAUCAUUUAGAUAUCACUCAUGACCCAGAGAAGUCGAUGGACUUGAUCUGUGCAUCGGUUCCCUAGGCAACCGUGGAAGGGAGUUUCAUCUGCCUUUGAUCUGGGUAAGGCCAAAGAAGAAGAAGAAGAAGAAGAAGAAGAAGAAGAAAACAAAAGAAAAGGACAGAAAUGGCAGGAGACAACAUCAAGUUUGAACAAUCCUAUUCUUUUAGGUCUCUUCCCACCAAGACAUUCUCUUUCCUGCAGGACAAAGAUGCCUUAGCGCUGUUUAUGAAAUGGUCCAUGUUGGGAAGGAUUUCAGCUCAGUCCUUCAGCUUUGACCAGAGCUUUUACUCGUACGACUGCGAGAAGUUCGCACUGUGUUUCUUCACAGACCCUGAAGUGGUAUCCUGUCUGAAAAGGUUGGAGUCCAGGGACUGGGUGCCUCUUGACAAGUCAGUGGUGUCUGUAGACGUGGAGGUGGUGCCAUGCACUCAAGUCUCCAUGGAGCUUUUUGACCCGAUCUACUCUUGCGGAGUCGUGAGGCCCUCAGGGCAAAUAAUCAAGUGCUUCCAUGACGUCCACCCCGACUACGAUGAGCUCAGACAGAUGUUGCAGGAAGAAGACUCGGAGAACUUCCACGUGUUUGGGAGGGAGACGCGCGGGGAGUUCCUGUUUCGUGUCUUCAAGCACCUCUGUCUCGGAGGAGAGCUCUGCCAGUACGAAGACACUAUCGAGUCUUACGUCAACACCACGAAGCACGUGUACAAAGACCUGAUCAGUGUUCAGAAGGAUCCAGACACAAAGAAGAUCAGUACUGUCUCCACAGUGCUCAGAGUCCGUGCCAGUGACGAAUCUGGACGAUGUUUCCCUGGGGUAAAAGAGGAGGAGCAGACGUUUGCUUAUUUGAUUAUCGAUCCCUUCAAACGACACGUGACUCUGUUCUGCCACUUCUACGGCGUUGGAAAUGUCCCAUACUGACGUGUGAAUCAUAUGAUCCAAACACAGCAGCUGAUGCUGUCAAGACAAACUACAAAUAUGAGCAACUGUUUGUCAAAUGCAGAGCAAAAAAUGUACAAAUGUCAAUAAAAGGUUUUUGAGUCCACU